AUGCCACAACCACAGUGGGAACGCAAUUUCCCGGUUAGGGAGUAUAAUUACACCCACACACAGCCACAAUGGUUGGAUGCAUCUCCAGUGGUGUCGAGGUCUCCACUGGCAUUAGCUCGUACAUGUGCUUCGUGUGGGCAGAGGAAGGAGUUGUGCAAAUGCCGUGUUUGUUUUAAUUGUCAAAAAAGUUUGCUUCUACGAAGGCAUCACUGCCGAAAGUGUUGGCAGGCUGUGUGCUCAGACUGUCGGGAAAAGGUGCGUUAUGUUCACAUGUUAAGUAAACCAAUGAAGGUUUGUGAUGGGUGUGCCCUCCCACGCGGAAUAGUGACUCUUUCCCGUGCCAAAGGACACGACCAUCUAUGGGGCCUCUACGUUCUGCAGCGAGCCACAGAGAUGCCAAAUAUAUGCGUUACACCUUCUUGUGGUACACAAAGUUAUCACAGUGUAUGUCCUAAGUGUAGCCUUCCGACGAUCACGACACGAUUGCAUCAAGAACGCGUUAUUCGUUUUGGCGCACGGGGGUCGGCGGUAAAGGCGGCUGAUUCUGUGAAAUACCUAGAAGUUAGGGAAUUUGCACUUCGAUGCGCCGCAGUGGAUAAAUGUUCAGCAACGGAGGUGGAAAGGUCAUUUCGGGUGUGGUUUCCUCGCUUCCAGGAGAUUUUCGCGUUUCCGAAAUUAAGCUGUACGGCGGAAGCGCAGCAUUUGUUACUUUCUGUUGUUUCGUCAGCAGUGGCCUACGAGUACCGAACUUGUCCAAAUCUUCUAAUGUCUCACUCGGAUGUGCCCUAUGCCUGUUUACUAAAACUAUUGCGUUCCACAUCACGCUACUCCGUAUUUGAGGCUCCUGGCAAAGUGAAAUUUAUUACGUUUCCAGGAACACACAACUAUCGCACAUUUACUGUAAAUAUGCGCUGUGGAAGAAUACGGCGUCAAGUUUGGUCGCAACUCAUUGAUGGUGUGACUGCUUUGUUCGAUACCAACGCUGAAUUUCACCGGGUGUGCGGCGGCGUGCAUUUGUUAUGGGAGGACUAUGUUCACCAAGGCUUUGCACGUGAGGCUGACGAGGCCGCAUUGCCGAUAGAACAACUUGUCAAUGACGUUCGCCAGAAUGGAUAUCGAUUGGUCCUUUCAGGGCAUUCUCUAGGCGGAGCUGUUGCACAGUUGGUUGCCAUUCGCAUGCUUCGAGGAUACCCAGGAAUAUUUAAGGAUAACAUGAAGUGCAUCUCCAUUGGGGCACCACUGGUAGGCAACUAUCAAUUGGCACAGUGUGUGGAGCGAUGUGGGUGGCAAUCUAAUUUUCAUCACCUAGUCUACCGCUCGGACAUUGUCCCGCGACUAUUAUGCGUCGACCAGAUAACUCGGGAUUUUGCCGAUCAAUUCAUUAAGGGUCUUUUAGAAUUACCAAGUUCACUAAGACGAUGGUUCAAGCCAACUUUGGACGCGAAAGAGGCGCCACUUAAGGAGCUGGAUGAUAUUGAUGCUCAAAUAAAAGAAGCAGAGGGUCCUGUGGAGGUUGAGAAGACACCAUUGCCCAUAACCAACCACCGCGCCCAUCGCAUGUACGCAUGCUUUGGUCGAUACCAUUUUCUCAACCACGGCGGGGCCACAUACUUUUCCACGGAUGAUUCUGAGGUGGCGUUUCAUCGCCUUAAAGAAGGUUGUGGGGGUGAUAACAAUUUGCUGGACCAUUCCAUCUCCAGUUACAACAGGGCCGUUUUUUUGCAACUUCAUUUUCAAUGA